UUGACAGUGAAAACAAAGGGCUUUCACUGUUGAUCCCAACUAUAUUAGAGCAGUAAGUUCAGAAUAGAUAUAUUCUUUUAUUGUAUUUUAUUCUACCUACUAUUUUAACCACCAUCCAAAGCUCUCUUGAGCUUUUUAAACAUAAAACAGCAACUGGCUUUGUAAAGUGUAGUACACAGCUUUAAGCAAUUCAUUAGUAUUCAGGCUUCACUGUUCAAAACAACUCAGAGAAGGAGGCUUCUAUUAAAUAGUGUCUCUACAAACACAGUCUCGACCUCCAGUUCUUCAUAGCAAGUACCUGUCUCUCCAAAUGGAUCAGAAGCUGGAUAUCUUCAGGAGGGAGUUAGUGGAUGUUCAAGGUGUCCCUCUUUUCUGGAGCAUUGCUGAGCAGUGGUCCCAAGUGGAGUCAUUUGAGGCCCGGCCUGACGAUCUUUUGAUCUCCACCUAUCCCAAAUCUGGGACAACCUGGAUCAGCGAAAUACUGGAUUUGAUCUAUAACAACGGGGAUGCAGAGAAGUGUAAACGGGAUGCAAUCUAUAAACGAGUGCCUUUCAUGGAGCUUAUAAUUCCUGGACUGUCAAAUGGUAUUGAACUGUUGGAAAGCAUGCCGUCUCCUCGGCUGGUGAAAACUCAUCUACCUGUUCAACUUCUUCCUUCCUCAUUUUGGAAAAAUGACUGCAAGAUGGUCUAUGUGGCACGGAAUGCCAAAGACGUGGCUGUUUCUUACUAUUAUUUCUACCAAAUGGCAAAAAUACACCCAGAGCCUGGCACCUGGGAGGAGUUCCUUGAUAAAUUCAUGGCUGGGCAAGUGGGUUUCGGUUCCUGGUAUGAUCAUGUGAAGGGCUGGUGGGAGAAAAGAAAAGAUUACCGUAUCCUUUAUCUGUUUUAUGAAGAUAUGAAAGAAGAUCCAAUGUGUGAAAUUAAAAAAUUAUUAAAGUUUCUAGAGAAAGACCUACCAGAAGAAAUUGUAAAUGAAAUCCUCUAUCACAGCUCUUUCAAUGUAAUGAAGGAGAAUCCUAGUGCAAAUUACAGCACCAUGAAGAAAGAAGAGAUGGACCAUUCUGUGUCUCCAUUCAUGAGAAAAGGCAUUUCAGGUGACUGGAAGAAUCAGUUCACUGUAGCCCAGUAUGAGAAAUUUGAAGAAGAUUAUGUCAAGAAAAUGGCAGAGUCAACACUUAAGUUUAGGUCAGAGAUCUAGGAAGUAUUUGCUUCUUAAUCUCCUUUGGCUGGCACUAAAAUUAGAGUGAAAAAAGCACAUUCAUGGAUUAUUGAAAUAAAACAUAAUAUAUGAUUUUUCUGCAUUUACAAAGAUUCAUGGUCUACAGACCAAACUUACUAAUAUCAAGGAAUAAUUCUCUCCUAGUUCUAUUCCUUACAGAUAGGUUCAUACAAUAGUUUUCCUCUCACUUUCUCUUAUUAAAAGAAUACAAUUUUAAGAGGCCUAACAACACAGUAUGUUUCCAGUUUCAGUUACUAAUAGCUUCCUGACUCUCUGUACAUGGUCUUCUUUCUCUUGGGACAUAGGUUUCUAAAUGAUGUUGUUUGUAUCCAUGGUUAGGUACCCCCUAGACAAAGGCUACAUUUCAUAAACUUUAAUUAUUCAAUUUAAUCUGGUGUUACUUUAGUUAUUAAGACAUCAUGUCUUUAACAUUGCCAAAUUAUUCAAAUUUAUAAUGUCAGAAUAUCCUAUUUCCACUUAUGGUUAGUUUAGGAAUAUUACAUUUAAAUGAACAAAUCAAUAGCAGGUAUUUUAUAGGAUUUAAAGCAAGGAAAAUUAGAGAGCUAUUUAUUUUUAUUCUUCAUGUCAUAUACUGAAGCUAUUGUAAAAUUUAUUGCAGAAAAUAUUGAGGUGUGUUAAAAAACUUCAAAUGGCUUUUCUAUCAUCUACAGUAUGUCUGAUUAGCAUCACUUCUGAGAUGAAAACUCUGUACAAUUACUUUCAGUAAUCUUCCUUCUUCUCGACUGGCUUUUGGAUCACAUUAGGGUCAUUUUGCUAUCGCCCCUUCUGAAAUUAAUCAUUCCUAAGUGAGAUAAAUACUUAUUUUUGAACUAUUAAAAGACAUGAAUUUAAGAUACUUUGAAUUUGUCUCCAGGAACUAAUGUUCAGUGAAAAGGGGAAACUGAAAUAUAGAUGGAUGAAUUACUGCAUGAUUCCAUUCAAUACAUAAUACUCUUGACAUAAGAAAAUUGAUGAGAUGUCCCUUGCUGGGCUGGGUGUGGCAGGAGGACGUGAGCAAGUAUGCAGAGGAGAGAUGGGAGAGAAAGGAGCAGGCAAAUAUGUCGUGAGAGAUGGGAGAGAAAAAGAAGUUGAGUGGUCAGUGCACCGUGAAGAGAGGUGGAACUAGAGGUGCUACAGAAGUGAGAAUCACCCUGAUAUAAAGCCCUGUAUAGCCACAUGAAACUAUGUUGAUGACUGGGCCUCUGCUAUGGCCCAGGGCUGUGUCUGGAUCCGUGGUCCUGACGCAUCCGGGUCUGUGUUGAUGUUGGUGGCCUCUACUAUCACUGAAGACGAUGAGGCUGUCGGGGGUCUGUAUUGCAGCCACCCUGAGCUGGCUCCAUUCUCCAGCAGCCACCACCUGGUGGUACCAGUGUUGACAUGGCCUUGGUAGAAUUGGCCCCAAGAGCAUGGGUGCAGGAGAGUCGGACCUACCCCUUGCAGGGGCAACAUGGGAGAGCUGCCCCCACCCAGUGCAGCUGAUGCACUCAGGAGUGGGGUCCGACUCCUUUCCCGGGCAGAGCAAGAGAACUGGCCCUAGUAGCAUGAGAGCUGGAGAGCAGGCCCUGAUGCUGUGGUCAUGGGAGAGCUGGCCUCACCUCUAGCCUGCUCCUGCCAUGAGCGGGGAGAGCUGGUCCUUCUCCUUGCUGGCUGAUGCAGAUGGGAGAGCUGGCCCCAUCCCUUGCCCAGGGGUGAGGGAAAGCUGGCCCCAGAGGCAUGGACUUGGGAGAGUGGGAGAUCUUGUCGUGACCCUCACCUGGCCAGAGGUGGAGCCAGCUAUGGUGGUGUGGACAUGGGAAAGCUGGCAGACUGACCAACUCAGCGAUCAUCCAGACCCUGACCCGAAACUUUGAGUUGGUCCACGCCAACGUCUUCUCCAUCUAGGAGCUGCUGCAGGGCAUGAAGGGGCUGGCCCCGCAUAUCCAUAGCUGCAGGAUCCCCCAUGACUCAGAGCAACAGCAGGCUAUCUGCGAGUCUCUUUGAGGGUGCAUAUUGACACUGUAGCAGAAGUCAGAGUCCUUUAACUAGCCUAAUGACUCAUUGUAAUAAAUAUUUGCAAGUAAAGCUGUUUGGGCUGAUUGGGCAAAAGGGCAUACUGAAUGACACCCCACAACCUCCAAUGCCUCCACGAUGAACAGAUAGGAGAAGGAGAUGUGGAAAAGACAGAGGAGUGGAAUGGUACAUGCACAGAAUCCUGGGCUUGAUAGAGGAUCAAUCGUUGCCCAGAGGGUUUGAUGAGAUUUUUUUUUGUUAUUGUUGUUUGUUUGUUUUUGUUUUUAACGUGUUGGGGAUGGGGCAACAAGGUUGGAGAGUGGACAUGGAAGGCCUGGGAAAUGUGGGAUUCGGGUGCAUAAUGUGAAAUACCCAAAGAUACAAAAAAAUUAUGUUUAAAGAAAGAUGGAAAAAAAGCAAUCAAUUCAUAUUUAACUUACAAAAAUAAAUAAAUAAUUAAGCACAAAUAAAGUAACAAAACUAUACCUAAAAAAAGAAAUUUAAUGAAGAACCUGAAGGGACUUGGGAGGAGCCCAAAAACCACAACCUGGACAAUAUUAAAGUUGGACAAGCUAGUCUGUAAUAGAUUAAUAUCCUGGUACUAAUAGUAAUAGGUUUACCAGAUGUCACCAUUGGAGAAAAUGUAUUAAAGUUAUGAUUUCUUACCACUCCAUGUUGAUUAUCUUAAAUUUUACCAUUAUGUUAAAUGAAUGUCUUACUAAUUUU